GCUGCUACGGGUAUAAGUGAAUGCAUUUAUCUAAACAGAAUAGGUUAUAUUCAAGUAGCUUUUCAUUUUCAUCUCCAUCUAAAAGGCGGAAAAGAAAAUCACCUGUUCUGGAUAAAAUGACUGCAGGACAAAUUGAAGAAAUUAAAGCAAUCAUACAUGAUUUUUAUAUUUUGGAAAAAAGAAAACCUACGCUGAAAAGAAAACUCGGCACGUCGCUCGUGGGAUAGUGGACAUCUCCGGGGAGGCCACGGAAUGUACUCUCGUCGCGAUAUCAGUUUUCCACUAAACAUUUCGUUUACAACCGCUAAAGACUCGUUGGCGGUAUGGGAUGUCGUGCCAUCUUGUGGAAACCAGGUCCUGCUAGCUUGCUACACUACGGACAUCAUAGGAUCUGCCGCA